GGAAGGGGCGGGCCGUCGCGCUAAUCUUUACAAAAUGGCGACUGUUGUUGUUUUGCCGCAGGGUCAGUGAAUAAAUCCGUUUUUCAUUGCAAUAAUUUUCUGCACUAAAUUGCAGAAACAGCUCUAAAAAAAAGCCCAGGCGUCCCAAGGGUCGGCUCCGUGUGGACUGAAAUGAAAGGUAAAGAGCGGUCGCCGAUUAAAAAACGCUCCCGGGCCCUGGACGAUAUUCGAGACAGGGGAGGAUGCCACCCGACCAGCAAGAAAAUGGGGGCUCUCUCCGUUUCCAGUGGGAGUAAUAAUGGAAACAGCUCGACCAAAAGCGACGGCGGCUCGACGAGAAGGAGUCUGCUCGGCGAAAAAAGAGACCGAGACUUCGACGGCCACAGCCGGACGGGAAACAACCACAGUUUGUCGGCUGCGGUUAGCUCCGUCGGUAAGAACCACAACCUGAGCCUGACGCUGGAUUUAGCCUCGCCGAGGACCGCCUCACGGGGGGAGCAGCGGGUCCAGCCGCCCAGCGCCGAGAGUGAGUACAAAACCCUCAAAAUAAGCGACCUCGGCACGCAGCUGAGCGACGAAGACAUAGAGGACGGACUCUUUCACGAGUUUAAGAAAUUCGGCGACGUGAGCGUGAAGAUCAGCCGCAGCAACGACGAGCGGAUAGCCUUCGUGAAUUUCAGGAAGCCGGAGGACGCCCGGGCUGCGAAGCACGCCAGGGGACGGCUAGUGCUCUACGACCGUCCGCUUAAAAUUGAGGCGGUGUACAUCAACAGGAGGAGAAGCCGCUCGCCUGUGGAGAGAGACUUGUAUGGUGCAGCUCAAAGCCAUAGACAUUUGCAGAGACCCCUCUCGCCCACCGGGCUCGGAUACAGAGACUACCGGCUGCAGCAGCUUGCCUUGGGACGGCUCCCCCCUCCCCCGCCGCCCCCUUUGCCCAGAGAGCUGGAGCGGGACAGGGAGUUUGCUCUGUUUGAAGCCAGGGCACGUCCGGCUUUCAUUGCAGAGCGAGCAGCCUUUCGUGAGGAGGAUUUUAUAUCUCCAGAAGAUGACCAAAGAGCCAAUAGGACGUUGUUUUUAGGCAACCUGGACAUAACUGUUACAGAAGCAGACCUGCGGAGGGCUUUUGACAGGUUUGGGGUCAUAACAGAAGUAGACAUUAAAAGACCCACAAGGGGACAAAUCAGCACAUAUGGAUUUCUGAAAUUUGAGAACCUUGACAUGGCUCACCGGGCUAAGCUUAGUAUGUCUGGAAAAGUAGUGGGCCGCAACCCCAUAAAGAUAGGUUAUGGGAAAGCUACUCCCACCACACGCCUGUGGGUGGGUGGACUUGGACCGUGGGUCCCUUUAGCCGCCCUGGCAAGAGAAUUUGAUCGCUUUGGCACUAUAAGGACCAUUGACUACAGAAAAGGGGACACUUGGGCCUACAUUCAGUAUGAAAGUUUGGACGCUGCACAGGCGGCAUGCACGCACAUGAGGGGCUUCCCACUAGGAGGUCCCGAGCGGAGACUUAGAGUGGACUUUGCUGACACUGAGCAUCGUUACCAGCAGCAGUUUCUGCAGCCUCUCCCAAUACCUCCGUUUGACAUGGUGGCUGAGUCGUUUGUCCACCGAGCCACUCCUGAACCUCUGAGGGUCAGAGAACGGACUCCACCGCCACUUCACUUCAGGGAGAGAGAGCUCUUUCCUGGAACUGAGUGGCCCAACCCAGCCAUUCGUGAUCGGGUACGUGCCUCGCCCUUUGAGCCUCUGGAGCACUUGGAACGUGAGCGGCGUGCACGAGAGCCCUGGUCUUUGGAACGAGAGCUGCAAGGACGAGAACCUGCUCGCAAGCGGCGUGUAAUGGAGGAUGGACGCCAUAUAGACCACUCCCCUGACAGCACUGAGAGGACAGUAAGGCGCAGACGUGCUUCUCCAGAUGGUAGUCCUGGGGGUAGCAGCAGAGAUGGAGGGCGCUUCAGUGACUCAGAGCGCCCUCUGCGGGGCGAGAGACCCUCCCCUGUACGAGAACAUCACAGCAGCCUGGAAAGAGGUGGGGCUGAACGGAGACUCAAAACCCAGAGUCUGUCUGACAAGGGACCUUCAAGUAGCAGUGUUUCAGCAGUUGGAGAGCGAAAGCGCAAAGCAGGCGAUGGCGGUAAGGGGCCGGCCAAGAGAGAACGUUCUGAGAGCAGUACCAAGGGAGGCCAGCCAUCCAAACCAGAUGGCACCAAACUCGGUUUGGCCUGGCACGGCAUGCUGUUACUCAAGAACAGCAACUUCCCAGCCAACAUGCACCUGCUGGAGGGCGAUCACAACGUAGCCAGCGAGCUGCUUGUUGACGGCACAACGGGGAGGCAGGUGAGCGAGCUUAAAAUCACCCAGCGUCUCCGUCUGGACCAGCCCAAGCUUGACGAGGUGUCCCGGCGCAUCAAGGUGGCGGGUCCCGGUGGCUACGCCAUCCUGCUGGCAGUUCCUGGGGCCACAGAGGAUACGUCUUCGUCGGACCCUGCAGCAUCAACUCAGCGGCCGCUUCGCAACCUGGUGUCCUACCUCAACCAAAAACAAGCAGCUGGAGUCAUCAGCCUGCCUGUGGGAGGGAGCAGAGAUAAAGACAACACAGGGGUUCUUCAUGCUUUCCCUCCCUGUGAUUUCUCCCAGCAGUUCCUGGAUUCCUCUGCCAAAGCUCUGGCUAAAAGUGAAGAGGACUAUCUGGUCAUGAUUGUGGUUCGUGGAGCAUCUUGAAAAAAUCAGAACACACUAAGUUCAAGUAUUGUUAAAAAAAAAAAAAAAAACCUGCUGUAUGUCAGUAACUAUUGCAUGCUGUGUGUUCUGCAUUAUGGGGUACACUAGUAUGGUUCUUGAGUGUUUGUAUGUUGCCAUGUAAUCCACUAAAAGGACAAACAGUGCCCUCCUACAAAACUAAAAGGAUGUGUGUUUUUGAAAUUAUUUUUAAAGGGUGUGUGAAUUGCUCACAAGGUCAUAAACCGACAGUAAUUCAGUCAGAAAACUGGAAAACAGUAAAUAUGAGGAGCAUUUGCUUGAAUAAAUUUCAAUUUCAUUUAAGAAGAGAUAAGUCAUAUAGAAAACACAUUUUUGGUUCAUUUAACAGGUUGUAAGAUCUUAACUUUUCAUCUCUAUUACGAGAUAAGAAGUAGAGAAUUCAGAAACGCAAUGAAUGGACACAAUAAUGCCCCCACUACAAUAAAACCACAAACUACGGCCUCACAAGCUCCUAUGGUGUUGAAGACACAUCUCUGACACCGUGUUAACAAAAAACUGAAAAUGAAAAGCUUAACAGAGGUCACAUAUGUUUCUGGGCUAUUAUACGGUAUUGCCUUAGAUUGUAUAGGUGGUGUUAUUGUGUCUACCUCUUAUGCAGGUAUUUACAUGAGGGGAAUCAGAAAACAUCCUUUUUUUCAAAGCUUUGAACCUCAGUGCAAUAAUAUUUCUACUAUAAUCACUUUUUGAUGGGUGGAGAGAAAGGUGUGGCAUUUUUAAAAAGAAGGUUUUUAGUAAAGGUGUAGUGAAUGAUUUGGUACUGCAGUUACAAAGCUAAUCUCUCUCCGGGAAGAUUUUGAAGGUCAAAAACACGUCGCACAACUCUUCUUCAGCACACCACACUCCCUUCACCAGAUAUGUUAUUUUGGCUAUCUCCCCUUCCUCAGGUAACUACCCUGAUCACAGCAAGAUAGCUUAAACGGUUUGGUGAAUGGAGUUUGGUGUACUGAAGAGUAGUUGUGCGACAUGUUUUAAUUCUUAUGGACUGUAAACCGUCUCUAGAUACACGUCACACAUUUCAGUUACCUAUGUUGUGAAUUAGGUUUGAAAAAAUUACAAAUUAUGUUCAGUUUCACGGUUUGGAUUUGAGUGUAUCUUUUUAUUAUUGUGUUCCUCAAUAUUGGAGCACCAAAUUGCAAGAUAGACAAUGAACUCAGUGUGUGUGCACUGGUAAAACUAAAUUGUUAUGUCAAGUCUUUGUGGAAUGCUGAAUACUAACAGAUGUGAGACUUUUGCCCAGGGAACAGCCCAUAACACAAUACGCAUAGCAUAGUAAAGCAAAUACUAACAUGUUUUUCAUAUUUUUUACUUCAUAUUUUAUUUUGUGCAUCCCUACCUUAGAAAUGGUUGUGUAAUGUGAUCUAUGAAAAACUACAUUAGUAAUGGAUAAAAAGCUUAGAGAGUUUUGUGUUGUUUCAUUUAUUGCUCUGAAACCAGUAGGUCCUCCAAGAAUAAUAAUAUUCAGUAUCAGUAAAAUGUUGGUACAAAGUAACAAAAACCUGCUAUUUGUUCAGUAAGUAGGUCUGUGUCAUUUUAAAGUUUUAGAAACACUUUAACAGUUAAUGUUUGAAUUUAAAUAUUAGAGGUUUAAAUUGGACAGUAUUUUACUCAUGCCUGCCAACAUGUUUCCAAGGCCUACUUACCGUAUUUUGUUUUGCCAUUGGAUGUUUGUCAUGCAAUAGUAACGGACCCUGAAUUAUGAUUUGCUGAGUUUGGUUUAAUAUGUAUUGAAAACAAUAUGUCGGAGAAAUGUUAUAUGUGUGAACACCACACCCACUUCAACGUUGGACUUUUGAGGAGACGAGUGCAGAGCUGAAAACCUCUGCAGAGAAGGCAACCUAGUGUUUGUGAGUCCUCGCUAAUGAGGCAGCUUUUAAGUUGUGUGUCCCAUCUGCACCUGUGAUGACUUCUGUUUUAAAUGGAAAAUUGAGCAAUGUACACUUUGAUGUCAUGGGAAAGGAAAAUCCGUAGAGCCCAUGCGAAGCUGUUCACAUACCUGCAAGUGCGUUUGGGCACUUAAUGUGACCGAUUAUCAAUAAAUUGUUCAUUUGAAGGGAAACAUGUUUCUUCGAUGGAAGUCAAUUGAAGAAACAAGCUGCCAUGCCUUAUUGUGUUUCGAAGGAGUUGUCACUUGAAAUUUUGUUUCUGCACACGAAAAAAAGGGAGACAAUUUGCAGUUUGUUUAGCACCAGUGAAGAGAGACCCCUGUUUCGUGUGAGGAUCGCUGUUUGCUUACAGGCCUGUUCUGGGCUCCUAAGUUGCCCAUCUUAAAUUACUCCCCCCAUGUUCCCCUGUUAUACCCUCAACUGUUCCUGUUGGCAUGUGAACACCCGAUCAGGACCGAGGAGCCUCCGCUGCCCCCUUGUUUGCAGUGUGAAACGGUGGCAGAUGCAGUCAGCGUCGGUGUUCGGAAGUCGAGGGCCGGGGCAAACAGCAGCACGUGCCAGUAUCCUGUUGUCUUCCCCGGUCAUUACUCUAAAGGUUUCAUGUGCUUUGUUCCUGGUCCUGAAUAGGAGCUGAGGAAAUCCCAUCACCGCCUGUCACACACUCCACUCGGGAGAUUGUGGGUGACACCGCUCUGAAAUUUCCAUAGAAUCUACAGUUCAGGCUCUCUCGCUGCAGAGGCCAAGCUGAACCACUGGGCUGAUUUGUCUUUAUUAUACUUUGCCCAGUUAUGAUUUGAUUUGACUUAAUGUUUGGCUCAGGGAAGAGGAUUGGCCCAAACCUCAGCUAGGAAUAUUGUUUUCCCCCCCAUCUUUGUGUUCUCCUCUGAUUGAACCCUCUCCGAGGAGACGAGUGAAGCGUUGGCUGUGCUGAAGCUGUACUCCAUCGUCAUCUGAGGUCUGCUGCAGCAUGGAAAUGAAAUACGAACAGGGCAAAUUGUUUACCCUUUUUGACAACGCUGGAAGGAAUCCACACUGCGGAUCCCGCCCCUCCCCCAAAUCCUUCUAGGAAGAUCUGUUUGUUUAAGUUUAUGGCCACUUUACGCAGGAAAGAAAGUUUUCCAUUUCCUCCUACCAUCCAUUUUAGUUAUGUUAGUCUGAAAACAAAUGCUGUGUUCUGUGCUGAGAAGGACCCCUUACCUCACUAGAGAAACAUUGCCAUCUUGAGGACCACGGAGCUCCUGCUUUCUCCCCCUCACAGUGUACCUGACAAAUCACACUAAUGCACACCAGACAUCCAGGACAGAGCUGGUAUCACUGUAUGACUGCUGUGUACAAACGGCAUGAGGGUGAGUAAAGAGAGAAAGUGCUGCCUGCCAGAUCUGUAUCGGUGGCUUAGGCAGCAGUGGUAAGUAUAAAGUGUCAACACCACAUUUUUUAAUAUAACAAAUGCAAAAUGGGACACUGUAGUAGCCAAAGUCAUUGCUGACCUUAUCUCCACUGAUGGCAGUUGGCAUUAAUCCAAUUGCUUAAGAUAAUAUGAUCAUUUACUGCCCACAAUAACCUGAAGAUAGUGCUGCUUUGAUCAGCAGCUGAAGAUCAGAAUUAUACAUUUUCUCAAAUAGAUAACAUUUAAAUAGCCUUUUGAUAAUACACUCAUGUAGAUGCUUUUGUUUACAUUCUUUGCCAAAUUGAUGUUAAAGUUUGAAAUGAAAUUGGGUGAGUUUUUACAGUCAGUUACAGGCUACUGCUGCUUUUGAAGCUCCUGCCUACAGUAGAUAAAAACAAAGGCAUUUUUAGCUGAUUUUGCAGCCUUGGUAGAGCUUUAAAACCAAAUGGGGAUUACUAUCAUUCACUUAAAGAUUAAUAAUAUGUUAAUGUGAUGUGGUCUGUGAGAAAACUCUUGUAGUACUAAUUGAUUUACGGCAAACCAAAAAGCAGCUUCAAACCACUGUAUUCUUUUUUCAUCAUUAAUAUUGGACAUUAAUUAUUUUAAUAAGCCACUCGUGAUUAUAUGUAAUGUUAUUGAUCCUGCUUAAAGAAACCUUUAUUAGAUUAUUUCUUGCUCAAGCCCAAAGCAGUUUUUUCACAAAUGUAAGGAAUUAUAAUAACAUAAGAAAAUUGCUUCUGCUGCAAAAUUGUCUUUUGCAUAAAGAAAUGUGAACAACUACAUGUCUCAGUAUUAGGACUGUUCAUGAGAGGUUUAAAGGAAGUCCAGUACUGGACCCUAUACAUUCAUCACAUGCCAACAGUUAGCAUUCAAAAUGUAGUUUGUGAAAAUAAAAUCCACCCGUGGCCAAUACUCGUUUAAUCUGUCAGCCAGCACUUCUCUGUAAUUCACUUGUCAAACUGACACAGUGUCUAAUAAUGCAGAGUUAAUGAAAACCACAGGGACAUGCAACUAAACAUUCACUCAUCAAUAUAUUUAGCAGCAAUACAAUGCUUUGUAAGGAAUUGAAAAAUAAAGAAAAAUAUACUCAAGGUUAAAAGAAAAGUUAACAUUAGUUGUUGAUUUACAGGCAGGACUCUUAGCUUUUGUCUUGAUACAGUGUUAAGAAAAUAGGCUAAUUUUUACCUUCUUAAAACAUGGAAUUGUAAAAUGUCACAAAUUCUAAAGGUUACUUGGUGAAAUCAGUUUACCUACAUGAGGAGAAAUUAAAACAGCUCAUAAAUUUCAUCAUUAUAAUAUACAGACACCGUAUCAAAGUGUCACCAGUUUUUUCUUUCCAAAUAAGGGUUAUAACCUAUUAUCCUUUGCAAAGGUUUCAUAUUAUGAUUUUGUUAGUAAGAUAUCUUGGGACGGUCAAAUGACCUCAGUUUGACACAUCUCACGUUAUAUUUUGUUCUUGUAUUACUACUAGAAAGAUCAUCUGAUCUGUGACAAACAGUAAUUUAUAAAAACCACAAAUUUCACACCUGAUUUCUGCUCUCCUGCUGAUUUCAGUAUAAAGACCUCACUUGGAUAUUGUAUGUUGAUCUGCAUUAAAAUAUCUAAAAGCAAGGGAUUUAUUUCAUUAACAAGCAUUUUCAAAUAAUUUACACUUGUCUUUAUGUUUCCUUUACAGACUUCCACUGGGCCGCAGUUGGUGCAUCAGUUUGUUUCCAGGGUGCCGUUCAACACACUAUCAGGUGUCGUCGACUGUAAGUAACCCAUUUGUUUUGAUUAACGGUACAUUAACAAUAUGAAAUGACAUAAAAUGUGGAACCCUUUUUUCUACAAAGUGAAAUAAUGACAAACAUUUGUUGGCUCUUUUUUUAAACCCAAGAUGAAAAUAAAUGUAAUGUGUAGAUAAAUGAUGUUGUCUCUUCACUUCAGUGUGCUUUAAAAGUAUACAUGGUGUGUCAAUAAAACAUGUUAAAGAUGUU